AUGGGUGCACCACAGGCAACGGCUAUCUUGUCCGUGUACGACAAGACAGGCCUCAUUGAGCUUGCUGAAGGACUUGCUGCUAAAAAUGUGCGUCUUCUUGGCAGCGGCGGCACCGCGCGCGCCGUGCGCGAAGCAGGAAUCGAAAUUGGCGACGUCUCCGACAUUACGCAGGCGCCUGAGAUGCUGCAGGGCCGAGUAAAGACGCUGCAUCCCGCUGUGCAUGGCGGUAUCCUCGCGCGUACAUCGCUCGAAUCCGACCGCAAGGAUUUGGAGGCACAACGCAUUGCGCCUAUCGACAUUGUGGUGUGCAACCUGUACCCCUUUGAGGACACCGUCGCCCGCGACCCAGCCCCAACUGUUGCACAAGCUGUAGAGGAAAUUGAUAUCGGUGGUGUGACGCUGAUCCGUGCCGCCGCCAAGAACCACGACCGCGUCUGGGUGUUGUGCGACCCGAAUGACUACUCCACGUUCCUGCAGCAGUACGGCCAGCCCGGAGAAAAAGCGCAAGAGGCUCGCAAUAUGUUUGCGCUCAAAGGCUUUACACACACGGCCAAGUACGAUGAGGCCAUCAGCAACUAUUUCCGCGCGACGUAUGCCUCGCCCGGUCACGACUUUGUGGAGCAAAUGACGCUGCGCUACGGCGCGAAUCCCCACCAGAAGCCCGCGCAGGCAUACGUGACGGAAGGAGAGCUGCCCUUCAAAGCGCUUGGCGGCUCCCCUGGCUACAUCAAUUUGCUCGAUGCCUUGAACGCAUGGGGCCUUGUCAAGGAGCUCGCGGAAGCUACCGGCUUGCCCGCCGCCGCUUCUUUCAAGCACGUCUCGCCUGCAGGCGCUGCUGUGGCGGUGCCUCUUUCGGAGAACGAGGCGCGCUCUUCGUUUGUUGCUGACCUCGGUCCUCUUUCCCAGCUUGCCACUGCGUACGCACGCGCGCGCGGCGCGGACCGUAUGAGCAGUUUUGGCGACAUUAUUGCGCUUUCGCACAAGUGCGAUGCACAAACGGCCAAGAUCAUUGCACGCGAAGUGAGUGACGGUGUGAUUGCUCCGGCCUACGACCAGGAAGCCUUGGACUUGCUGCUGCCCAAGAAAGGCGGCAAGUACUGUGUGCUGCAGAUGGAUUCGAACUAUGUCCCUGCGCUGCGCGAGUCGCGCCAAGUCUACGGCGUCACGCUGGAGCAGCGCCGCAAUGAUCUCAAGGUCACCAAAGACAUGUUCAAGGACGUGGUCACGAGCCGCACAGACCUGCCAGACGCUGCGCAGCUCGACAUGAUCGUCGCGACGAUCGUGCUCAAGUACACGCAGUCCAACAGCGUCUGCUACGCACUUCACGGCCAAGUCAUUGGACUCGGCGCUGGGCAGCAGUCGCGCAUUCACUGCACGCGUCUCGCUGGGAGCAAGGCAGACAACUGGUGGCUCCGCCAGUGCCCCCGCGUGCUCGACUUGCCGUUCAAAAAAGGGACCAAGCGCCCCGAAAAGAGCAACACAAUAGAUUUGUUUGUCGAAGGCGCGCCGCUUUCUGGUGAGGAACGUGCGCAGUGGGAGUCUGCAUUCGAGAAUGUGCCCGCGCCGCUCAGCGAAACCGAGCGCGAGGCGCACGCUGCGAAGCUGAAAGACGUCGUCGUCGCGAGCGAUGCCUUUUUUCCGUUCCCUGACAAUGUACACCGCGCAGCGCGCUCUGGAGCUGGCUACAUUGCCGCACCUGGCGGUAGUGUGAUGGAUGCUGCGUGUGUCGACGCGGCCAACGAGCACGGAAUUGUCGUCGUACGCACUACAUACCGUCUUUUCCAUCAUUAG